AUGUUCGCUCCGCGGCUCCUGGAUUUCCAGAAGACGAAGUACGCGAGUGGUUAUGCGGGUGGGGGCACAAGGAUCCUCUUUUCCCACCAGGAGGGACCCCAACUUAAGGUCUCCUGGGAAUCCUGGGACCACAGCCGCUCCCAGCUUCCUGGCCCAGCUUCUGGGAAUGAUGCCUCUCUUUCCAGGUUCAUGAACCACCGAGUCCCCGCCCACAAGAGGUACCAGCCCACCGAGUACGAGCAUGCGGCCAACUGUGCCACCCACGCUCUCUGGAUCAUUCCCAGCAUCCUCGGCAGCUCCAACCUCUACUUCCUGUCCGACGACGACUGGGAGACCAUCUCUGCCUGGGUCUAUGGGCUCGGCCUCUGUGGGCUUUUCGUGGUGUCCACCGUGUUCCACACCAUCUCCUGGAAGAAGAGCCAUCUCAGGAUGGUGGAGCAUUGCCUGCACAUGUUCGACCGUAUGGUCAUCUACUUCUUCAUCGCGGCGUCCUACGCACCCUGGCUGAACCUUCGGGAGCUGGGCCCCUGGGCCUCCCAUAUGCGUUGGCUGGUCUGGAUCAUGGCCUCGGUGGGCACCAUCUAUGUCUUCUUCUUCCACGAGCGGUACAAGCUUGUGGAGCUGCUCUGCUACGUCGUCAUGGGCUUCUUCCCCGCCCUGGUCAUCCUCUCAAUGCCCAACACCGAGGGCAUCUGGGAGCUGAUGACCGGAGGGGUCUUCUACUGCUUGGGUAUGGUGUUCUUCAAGAGUGACGGGAGGAUCCCCUUUGCCCACGCCAUCUGGCAUCUCUUUGUGGCCUUCGGGGCUGGUACCCACUACUAUGCCAUCUGGAGGUACCUCUAUCUGCCCAGCACCCUGCAGGCCAAGGUGUCCAAAUGA